AUGGAGUUCAAUGCAUUCCCUCGACUUGCGGAGCUUACCUUAAGUGACUCUCCCAUGUUGAGAGGAGAUUUGCCCAAUCAUCUACCAUCUUUGCAAUCACUUACCAUUGACAAUUCCAAGUAUCUCCGUUGUUGUCUUCCAAGAGCUCCUGUGAUGACCUCUUUAAACAUAGUUGGUGCUGGAGAAGUGAGAACUAGGGAGCUACCUCCUUUACUGCGUAAACUAUCAGUUCAUGGAAUUGAUCAAGUGGAGCCGGUGGUUAAGGCCUUUCGGCAUAUGCAACUGACUUGCCUCACAUCUUUAUGCAUCUCAGAUUGUUCCUUCCACAUAUCAUUUCCAGUGAGUAGUAUUCCUGCAUCACUACAAGAGUUGACAAUAUCAGAUUGUGUAAAAUUAGAACUCGAAAUGGAUGGGCAUCACAAGUCCCUGCAGUCACUGAAUAUAAUUAAUUACUAUGAUUCAGCUACAUCCUUCUCUUGGGAUGCCUUUCCAAAUCUCGUGCGUCUCCAAAUCAAGGAGUGUAAAAGCAUGGAGUCUAUUGUGGUGUCACAGUCUCUUUCAUGUCUUCGUUCUUUAUAUAUAUCCGGUUGUUGGAGUUUGAAGUCAGUGUCGACGCUAUGGAUGGCAGCACCUCAGCUAGAGGAUCUCACAAUACUGGAAUGCCCAGAGAUUGAAUUGUCUCCUACAGGGGAUGGGGAUCCACAUUGUAGCCUGAAAUCUCUUACUAUCAGCUACUCCAAACUAAUCAGUUGUGCAGCAUUCAUGAAUUUGCAAUUAAAUGGACUUACUCAUCUUCGCAUUUUCGGUGAAUAUAAGGAGAGUGUGAAGUGCCUCCCAAAGGAAGGUUGGUUGCCUGCCUCACUCGAGUCUCUCACACUUUUUUACAUUCAAAGUGUGGAGACAUUGGAGUGCAAGGGACUUGCUCACCUCAACUCCCUACAACAAUUAAGUAUUCAUCAUUGCUCCAAGUUGAAGAAUAUUGAGGGAGAAAAGCUGCCUGCCUCUCUAAAACAACUCAUCAUCAAAGGAACUCCUUUGCUGGGUAGACGGUGCGAGAAGAAGGAUCCAGAGCGUAUCCAUGGAACCAACAUCACAACUUCUGCAGCUAUGGUUUUUCUUUUGCUGCAUGAAGUAUAUUCAAUCGUUGCAAUAUGCAGUGGGGGAAUGCUGAGAAGUAAGACAAGAAAUUUGCUGACAAGAUUCAAGGCCCCUGCCAAGAUAGAAACUUUCACACACAAUGGACUUCUCACUAUCAUUGCUUCCAUGUGA